UCAUCGAAAUGCGUUAAUUCAAAAUAAUUCAAAUAUUUCAUCAUCUCCGGUUGAUUCGACAACAACAGCGACAAUUAUGUCUUUUCUUUCGAAUCAAAAUAAUGUCAUGACACCAACAGAUGCAUCAUUAACAUCACCAUCAUCGACAAAUACGUUAUCAUCAUCACCUACAGCAUCGAUAACAUCAUCAUCAUCAUCAUCAACAUGUAGCGUAUCCAUUGUUAAACAAGAGGAAUUAGUUGAAAAUUUGAUACGAGGAUGUACUGGUAAUACUAAUCUAAAUACUAUCAACACAAAUACACAAUCCACACCAUCAGGACAAAUAGAUCAAUGUACUUCCGCAGCAAUGGGGACAAAUAUCGUCUCUGAUCAACAAUUACAAUAUUUGAAUCAUCAAGCAUUACUAAAUCAAACAUCUAUAAAUGGCAAUGGAAAUAAUGGUAAUGGAAAUGUACAUUUUACACAAUCAUCUUUGACCCAGCAACCGGAAAAUAUUUCACCAUCAUUACAAUCAAUUUUACAACCAGCCACAGAUCUUACUAAUACAGGAAAUGUAUCUAUGCAAGUUGUUACUCAAGUUCCGAUCACUCAUUCAAUUCAACAACAAUCUACUGCUUCCGCAUUUGUUCCAUCGAUUGAUCAUCCAAUGACGAAUAUUAAAAACGAGAAUGAUUCAAAUCUUUCACCACCACAAUUAACACCAAAUCCUGUAUCUGCAACCACUACGAGUAUUAAGGAAUCUCCUUUACCCGAAAUAAGUCUGCAAGAUCUGAAUAAACAAUUAAAUGCAAUCGCCAUACCUGUUGUUCGUCCUGUACAAAUGAAUACGGUUCCUCAAACAGCAACACAAACCAAUAUAGCGACUAACAUGACGAUGGCCAUGGAAGGUGUGCUCGAUGGAUCUUAUCCAUCUAACAAGAUCACCAAUGAAACCACGGCAAAUCAACUUCCACCUUUGCUGAUAAAUACUAAUCAUACAUCAAUGUUGACGGAAACUAAUGCCAAUCCUGGAAAUGGUUCUGUCACAAUUAUUAAUCAACAGCAAUCGAUAGUUGGUACUGAUAGUACAGGAUUGUUGAAUCAGGCAUCGAAUCCAUUAUCGAAUGGAUUAGGAUUAUCAAGUUCAGAUUUUCAAAUGCUUAAUUUACAAACUACACAAACAACAUCAAAUGAUUUUAUGGUUUCAGCGACGAAUAAUAAUCCACCAAUGAUGGAUACAAUAAUGAGCACUUUGAACCAGGCAAAUUCAAACACCGCCAAUGUGACCGUUACCACUACAAAUCCAACAACAACAAUAGAUUCUUUUAUGCAAACUUUACCCGUGUCAAAUGCGGAUAAUUUGGCAACAUUAGGAAAUCCAAGUCAGCCAAAUCAGCCAAAAAUAACGGAACAGUUACCGUGUUCCAUGAUGACAAAUGAUUGUCCACCAUUGAUACAAACAUCAUCAACAAUGACAAUAAGUGAACCACUUGUUGCAACAUCCAAUCAAUUAACAGCUGUAAAUCAACAGGCAUUAAACGUGCUAGAGCAACAGGUUGCAAAUCAAAAUCAUCAAUUACAGCAGGAAAUAUUGGAUUCAUUAAAUCAGAUGAACAAUACUGGAGCUGUAAAUGGUAAUCAAUUACAAAACAUAGCUAUGGCUGUGGAUCCUACUCCAUCAUCAUCAUCAUCGAAUUCAACGAUAGUUACGAAUCAAACAUCACCACCACAAGUUGGUAUUUUAGGUUCUGGUAAGUUGGCAUCGUAUUGUCAUCAAGAAAAUAAAGUCGACUUAACAUCAAUAAACCAAACAAACAGUCUAUCACAGGAAAUGAAUAGCGCUGCUACAACAAAUCAGCAGCAGGUUUUCAUGAGGACAAUGUCCACAAAUCUUGUACAGGAAACGCACAAACAGAAUGAAUUAAUGUUACCAGCACCGACAUCAAUGAUUACAAACCAAAAUCAACCACCAAUGGCUUCAUUAUCAACGGUUACAUCUACAAAUAAUAGCAAUAAUAAUAAUGGCACAGUAUUAACGACAACCGAGCCAAAUGAUUUAACAAGUGCUCAAUCAAAUAUUUGUCCAAUGUCCAAAAUGAGUGAUGCCGAAUUGAUUGUAUUCAUCGAUCCGGCAGCAUUUGAUUGAUAAUGAUCACAUAAUAAUAAUAAUAAUACAAAACUAUCUAUCUUUUUUGGCGAAAUA